AUGGACCAGCUUGCUUCAUCCACGCGAAAAACGCCCUUGUCCACUAUAAUGGACCAGCUUGCUUCCCCGACCAAUUUCCCUAAGCAGGCUGCUUUCGUCCAGUCGUCCACUAUAAUGGACCAGCUUGCUUCUGCCGAUUUCCCUAAGCAGGCUACUCUCGUCCACUUCCACCGAUGCCCGCGUCGCCAUGGCCUGCCUUGCACCGCCAAUUGCCUAAGCAGGCUGCUCUCCUAG